GCACGCUCCGCCGCCUAAUUCGCCACCGCAGGCAACACCGGCCGGCCGCAAUCCUCCCAUCACUUGGACCACUCGAUCUCCGACCCUGAUCGCCCCCAACCUCCCCUUCCCCACAAAAAUCUAUCCACACACCCAAGGCGGAGAGGAGGGCCGAGCUACCGAUCGAUCUGGGAUCGAUCCACGCACCGGAGAGAAAGAGCUUGAUGGCAGUCGAUCUGGAAUACAUGAACAGCGACCUAGCUGUUCUUGUUGCUGCUUACCACGGCGACUGCGAGGAGGACGCCGCCAAGAAGCCAUCCGGAGGAGUGGGUAAGGUAUUGAUUUUACGCAGGCCCCCAAUCCCAAAGGAUUCCCCAUCCCUGAACCCCCCCGCUCACGGCUACCCCGACGGCGGCGGCGACCAGCCAAGCUUCGUCCUCAUCGAGCCAUACGCCUACUUCGCCGACCGCCUCAACGCCACCACCGCCAACUGCAGCCUGGAGGGUCUCCGUCUCCGGGGGCAAAUCAAGGUCACCUUCUGCACCGCCCAGCCGCCGCAAGUCUCCUACCUCUGCGUGCAUGCCACCGACUACGACCACACCGUGUUCGCCUUCCCGCCUACCAUAGUCGCCACGGAGACUGACGGCGGCCUCGUCCUUCUAUCCGUCGUAGUUCGUGGCCGCUCAUCCUAUGAUUGGCUUCGCGACAAAGCACACUACUUCGUCUACGACGCCAGCGUCCCCGAGCUCAAGCACAUCAAGCAACCCGGCGACGAGCACCCGGUGAACGAGCAUUCAUUUGCCAUUGUGCGCAAACCUGAACCUGACUGCACCUACCUGCUCGCCGCACAAGCUGAUCAGUUUGUGUACGGCAAUCCUUGUCACCUCUGCCUGUAUCAUCCUGGCACCGACUCCUGGAGCAAACUGCUGGUGAACGUCGAUUCAGUCCCCUACGUGCUCACCACAUACAAGGCAAUCGCCAUCGGAGGGGAUUCAGGCCUGGUGGCCUGGGUCGACCUCUCGCAUAUGAUCACCUCCUGCAACGUGCUGGACGAAAGCCCUAAGCUCCGGUUCUUAAGACUACCGACCGAGCCGCAGUAUGGAAGCGGCACGCCGGCUGUUCGGGACGUUUCAUUCCUUAAUGGGCACAUCAGGUUUGUUGAGCUGCAGCACCGCGACUAUGGUUGGAAGGCCACAAUAUGGAGCAUCAAGACCGGUGUCUUCUCCAAAAAGGCUUGGCGCAUCCAUCGCGAGCUUGAUUCCUCGGAUAUACCCGAGUCAUCACUGCCUAAGCUGAAGGUCCUCCGUGAAGGUGUCACAGCUCAGCCAACCUUGUCGACUCUCGACAUUGGCCUGCCCAAGCUCAGCCUGCAAGAUGAUUGCAUCCUUUACCUCCUAGCCAAGAUUGACUACCGCGACAGGGAUCACACAGCAUGGGUUCUUGCUGUUGACAUGAAGAACAAGGCUGUCCAGAGAGUGGCCGAGUUUAGCCCCAAGAGGUCUAUUGCCUUAUCCACUGGCUACGAUUCAAGUCGGAUCUCCAAACAUUUCAAAGUUGGUCCAGGCAAAGGCGUGCAAGAAGCUGAGCAGUGACCGGAGAUGGCGCCAUGGUGAUUAAUAAGUGGAAGGCCUUUGCAUGUGAGCUGAACUGGACUAUAUGGCCUGAGAAUAAUGCAUGUGUGUCGAUAGAAGGGGUAGUGGUUACAGAUUAUCAUGUCUCAGGACUGUCCUUCGUUUGUCUGUUAUUUUAGGAUUAUGGAUACUCUAAGGAUCCCUCUAGAUCUUUUUUAUUAUAUGUAUG